CGCUGUUUGAAAAUAUUGGCGCUUGUUGUCCUAGCUGUCUCCAGCUACGCGUUGCUAACAACUUUGCCUUCAUGUUACAACGACUUGCUUUCAUCAAAAAACCAGCUGUGACAUGACAGAUCGUCGUUUUUUCUAACCGCAGAGUUUAAGUUACAACGGAAGAACCAUAAUGGCAAACGACGUAUGUAGCCAUGUAAAAGUCGUAGUUCGGGUUAGGCCCACCAAUGACAGUGAGAAGCGUGAAAAUUGUCGCAAUGUGGUCCAAGUUGUCGACAGCCACAUGCUUAUAUUUGACCCCAAGGAGGAGGAUAUGUCAUGUUUUGGGUCACAACGAGUGAGGUACCGAAACAUCAACAAGAGGGCGAAAAAGGACCUGAAGUUUGUGUUUGACCACGUCUUCGAUGAGAACUCUACUCAAGCUGACAUUUUUGAGAACACCACUAAAGGAGUGCUAGAUGGUGUAAUGAAUGGAUUCAACUGCACAGUGUUUGCUUAUGGUGCUACUGGAGCUGGUAAGACCCAUACCAUGCUGGGUUCACAAAAUGACCCCGGAGUCAUGUACCUCACAAUGAAAGACCUGUUCAAGCGAAUGGAUGAUGCCAAGGAAGAGAAAGAGUUUGCUCUUGCAUUUUCAUAUCUUGAGGUUUAUAAUGAACAGAUCAGAGACUUGCUGGCUAACGCCGGACCUCUCGCUGUCAGAGAGGACGGCUCGAAGGGAGUGGUUGUUCAGGGCCUCACACUGCAUCAGCCUAAGUGUGCAGAGCACAUUCUGGAGGCUUUGGAUUCUGGCAAUCGAAACAGAACGCAACACCCAACUGAUAUGAAUGCCUCUUCUUCUCGAUCUCACGCUGUAUUUCAGAUAUAUUUGAGGCAGCAGGACAAAACAGCCAGCCUAAACCCUAACGUCUGCAUAGCCAAAAUGAGCCUGAUUGACCUCGCCGGCUCAGAGAGGGCCAGCGCCACCAACGCCAAGGGAGCACGCCUACGAGAAGGUGCUAAUAUCAACCGCUCCCUCCUUGCCCUGGGAAAUGUUAUCAACGCCCUCGCAGACCCAAAGAGUAAGAAGGCCCAUAUACCAUAUCGAGACAGCAAGCUGACGAGGCUGCUUAAAGACUCCUUGGGGGGCAACUGCAGAACGGUUAUGAUUGCCAAUGUUAGCCCAUCAUCCAAAUCCUACGAUGACACCCAAAACACACUUAAAUAUGCCAAUAGGGCCAAGGAGAUAAAGUCCUCGCUCAAAAGUAAUGUUGUGAGUCUCGAUAGCCACAUUGGUCAAUAUGCUGUGAUCUGUGAGAAGCAGCAGCAAGAGAUUCUCCAGUUGAAGCAGAAACUAAAAGAAUACGAGGCGAAAAAUGCAGCGCCUGGGGCUUCCAACGUGACCUCUUCCCAGAAACAAGCGGAGUUUAAAAAAGUGUCAGAAGCUCUGGGGAGCAUCUUCUCCAGCCGGGCCCAAAUCAGGCGAGAGCAGCUGGAUCUUGAGAGGCAGCUGAAGGCGAAUGAGCUGCGCCAGCGCUACAGUGAGGAGGAUAACCUGCAGGUCCAACAUUUCUGUGCCAAAGAAAAGAUGGAGAAGGCCACUUGUAAGCACGAACGAAGGAUUGCCAGUCUACGCACUCAGCAUCAGCACAUAUCUAAACGUCUGAAGGAGGCAGAGGCACAGUUUAUGGAAAACGAUGGCUUGCUUCAUCGUGUUGAAAAUGACAUUAAGUUGCUGAAGUCAACUGAUCAGACCUCAGAGGUGUUAUUAGAGAAGGAUUUGUGUCGCCACAGACUAGAGCUGCAGGUGAAUGAUCUCGAACAGCGCAUCAAGCAGGUGGUUGAGCUCACUGCGCUGCAGGAUCAGGAAAAUAAGCGCAUGCAGAAAAUGGUAAACAUCCUGCUGCCUGCUUACAGUAAGCAGUACUCUGUAUUACAUGGUGCUGGCUUGGUCAGUCUAGCAGAUGAGAUGGAAAACCAAGAACUGGAGCACAUUGUAUUACGGGAGAGAGGUGUGGUCUGGGCAGACCAGGAAGGGACCCGGCAGCAGGUGAAAAGUAAAGAGAUUGGUGACGACUCACUGGAGACAUGUGGGGCAAGAAAAGUUAGGCUCCACGGCGAGCUGGCUCCUUUCCUGACUUUCUCACAUCUGCAAUACCACCAGAGUAGCCCCUGCAGUGCUGAGAGGCAAACUAAAGGAGCCUUAUUCUGCAGUGCUGCUCCAACACCUAAAGAUGGCAGAGUUCAUCAAGAUAAGACAGAAGACAAGCCUCCAAAAGUGCCCAUCAGGAGAAAUCUGUCCACAUUUCUCCCACCACAAAGCCCACUAAGCGUCGUCAAGUCUCAAGAGUUCGAGGACGGCAUGUUCCCACUCCAAUGCACACCAGAACCUGCUCAGCCACCUCUUGGCUGCUCCAGCUCCAUGGAUCCAAACAUGACGUUUGAAGUCCUUGACAAUGAUGAUCAGACUGCAAGCAAUGCGACCAUCAUUAUAAGCUGUGGUAGUCCAUGUCAAGCAUCAACGUCUGCAGAUGUCUCAGGCUCCAGCCAGCGAAGUCAUCCACACAAAGCAACAGAGGAGAAUCAGACUGCUGCAAAAAGACAACAUAUCGCUCCUUUGCAAGACGCGAGACGACCCCACCCGACCUACAUGGACAUGACGUCAGCUGCACAAGGAAAACGUAAAUACAACCGCAACUUCAAAGAAGAAUUUCAGGGUUUCCCGGCUCCGAAGCGGAUAAAGAAGGACCUCUCCGUUCCUCAGAGGCCUCUCAGAGUGCAACGUUUCACAGGUUCAGAGAACAAACCCCGCAGAGUUGGGAGAAGCAUUUCCGAGGGAAAUCUCAGCAUCCUUGAACGUCAGAAACCCAAAUCCGUUUUCUAUAAAACAACUCAACAGAUCAAACGGGUGGCCAAGCGGAUGUGAACCAACGCUGUACAUUUUUUACUGUUCAUGCGUCUUCGUCCUUAUUGGCUUGUUAAAGCAAAUGUUCAAGAACUAGAAACGAAGAGGGGGUUCUGUUGUGUAGAUUUGCUCCAGCAGAAGUACUCGUGUGGUCAAAGUCUGUCGUACGGCAUAAAAACUUUACUUGAUUGUAAAUAAACACUGUAGAUAUUUUGUGUACAUUACUGUUCUCACUCGUAUUUUAGCUUUUAAAGUUAUUCGAAACAUUUCUGCACAAACAAACAACACAAAAAAGCAAAGAGGCCUAACUUUUACAAAUAUUAUGUACUUUUAACAUGUCUCUAGAACAACUGCAUUUCAGGUGACACAGGGCAGCUAAUAAACUUGAAACUGCUCUAUUCUGAGCUGUUUAUAUAGUUUGUGUUUUUUUUUACUUGUACAAUAAUAUUUUUUUAUUUGAUGUUGCUUAAUAAAAGUGUUUGUUCCAGAAGAGCCUGUCUUUAAAUAAAUCUCUUUGUAAAAUGCA